ACUCACCAACAAGAUGAUUGAGCUGCUGACUGGAGAGGUUCCUAUAAGGUGUCAGGAUGUCACCGUCUAUUUCUCCAUGGAGGAGUGGGAGUAUGUAAAAGGACACACAGAUCUGUACAAGGACAUCAUGAUGGUGGAUCACCGGCCUCUCAAAUCACCAGUUAUGGAAGAGAGAACAUCACCCAAGAGAUGUCCCAGUCCACAUCUUCCACAGGAUAAUUCAGAAGAACAUCACUAUGUCCCACAGGAUGAUCAGAUUGUCAAUCCAGGUGAAGAUCUGAACAUUAUAUAUGUUACAGAGACAUAUGUGAGGGGUGAUGAGCAGAGUACAGAGGACAUUCCUGCAGAUAACCGCCCAGAUGACUGUACCAGGAACUUAGAGAAACAUCUGAUAUCUUCAGAUUUUGAAGUAGAUGAAUGUCGCAUCACACGAGAUACAUUUGACGAGCAUACCAAUAUCCAAGAUAUACCCUCAUCCAAUCACAGCCACAAUGCAUCAUUUGAUUCUUUUAAACAGGUCCGAUCUUCUGAUUCAUCACAGACUGUAAUACAGAAAAGUCGCCGAAGAGGUGUUAAACAUCAAACAGCUCAUGUAAGAGGGAAGCCAUUUUCAUGUUCAGAAUGUGGAAAAUGUUUUAGAUUUAUAUCUCAUAUUGUUAGACAUGAGAGAACUCACACAGGGGAGAAGCCAUAUUCUUGUUCAGAAUGUGGGAACUGUUUUGUCCACAAAUCAACUCUUGAUGCCCAUCAGAGAAUUCACACAGGGGAGAAGCCAUUUUCAUGUUCAGAAUGUGGUAAAUGUUUUAAUCGGAAAUCAGUUCUUGUUAUACAUCAGAGAAAUCACACAGGGGAGAAGCCAUUUUCAUGUUCAGAAUGUGGGAAAUGUUUUCACCAAAAAUCACAUCUUGUUAUACAUCAGAGAAAUCACACAGGGGAGAAGCCAUUUUCAUGUUCAGAAUGUGGGAAUUGUUUUAAGAAUAAAACAGGUCUUGUUAUACAUCAGAGAAAUCACACAGGGGAGAAGCCGUUUUCAUGUUCAGAAUGUGGGAAUUGUUUUAAGAAUAAAACAGGUCUUGUUAUACAUCAGAGAAAUCACACAGGGGAGAAGCCGUUUUCAUGUUCAGAAUGUGGGAAAUGUUUUAAGCAGAAACCAGCUCUUGUUAGACAUGAGAGAAUUCACACAGGGGAGAAGCCAUUUUCAUGUACAGAAUGUGGGAAAUCUUUUAAGAAUAAAUCAGAUCUUGUUAGACAUGAGAGAAUUCACACAGGGAAGAAGCCAUUUUCAUGCGCAGAAUGUGGGGAAUGUUUUAAGAAAAAAUCAUCUCUAGUUAGACAUCAAAAUACUCACAUACGGGAGAAGCCAUUUUCAUGUUCAGAAUGUGGGAAAUGUUUUCACCAACAAUCACAUCUUGUUAUACAUCAGAGAAAUCACACAGGGGAGAAGCCAUUUUCAUGUUUAGAAUGUGGGAAAUGUUUUCACCAACAAUCACAUCUUGUUAUACAUCAGAGAAAUCACACAGGGGAGAAGCCAUUUUCAUGUUCAGAAUGUGGGAAAUGUUAUAAGCAAAAAUCAGCUCUUGUUGUACAUCAGAGAAAUCACACAGGAGAGAAGCCAUAUUCAUGUUCAGAAUGUGGGAAAUGUUAUAAGCAAAAAUGGGCUUUUAUUGUACAUCAGAGAAAUCACACAGGAGAGAAGCCAUUUCCAUGUUCAGAAUGUGGGAAAUCUUUUCACAAUAAAUCAGGUCUUGUUAUACAUCAGAGAAAUCACACAGGGGAGAAGCCAUUUUCAUGUUCAGAAUGUGGGAAAUGUUUUAAGCAGAAAUCACAUCUUGUUGAACAUCAGAGAAAUCACACAGGAGAGAAGCCAUUUUCAUGUUCAGAAUGUGGUAAAUGUUUUAAGAUGAAAUCAGAUCUUGUUAUACAUCAGAGAACUCACACAGGGGAGGAGCCAUUUUUAUGUUCAGAAUGUGGUAAAUGUUUUACCAAUACAUCAUCUCUAUUUAAACAUCAGAGAACUCACACAGGAGAGAAGCCAUUUUCAUGUUCAGAAUGUGGUAAAUGUUUUAACUAUAAAUCAGCUCUUGAUACACAUCAGAAAAUUCACACAGGAGAGAAGCCAUUUUCAUGUUCAGAAUGUGGUAAAUGUUUUAACCAUAAAUCAGCUCUGGUUAUACAUCAGAACAUUCACACAGGAGAGAAGCCAUUUUCAUGUUCAGAAUGUAGGAAAUGUUUUAAGCAUAAAUCAACUCUUGUUAUACAUCAGAGAAUUCACACAGGAGAGAAGCCAUAUCCAUGUUCAGAAUGUGGUAAAUGUUUUAGGCAGAAAUCGACUUUUGUUGUACAUCAGAGAAUUCACACAGGGGAGAAGCCAUUUUCAUGCUCAGAAUGUGGUAAAUGUUAUAAGUAUAAAUCAGCUCUUGUUGCACAUCAGGGAAGUCACACAGGGAAGAAUCCAUUUUCAUGUUCAGAAUGUGAGAAAUGUUUUGAGUAUAAAUCAGCUUUUGUUACACAUCAGAGAAGUCACACAGGGGAGAAGCCAUUUUCAUGUUCAGAAUGUGAUAAAUGGUUUAGGCAGAAAUCGUCUCUUGUUAUACAUCAGAGAAAUCACACAGGGGAGAAGCCAUUUUCAUGUUCAGAAUGUGGUAAAUUGUAUAAGCAUAAAACAUCUCUUGUUAUACAUCAGAGAAAUCACACAGGGGAGAAGCCAUUUUCAUGUUCAGAAUGUGGUAAAUGUUUUUUAAAAAAAUCAAAUCUUGUUAUACAUCAGAGAAAUCACACAGGAGAGAAGCCAUAUUCAUGUUCAGAAUGUGCUAAAUGUUUUAAGCAAAGAUCAGAUCUUGUUGCACAUCAGAGAAAACACACAGGAGAGAAGCCAUAUUCAUGUUCAGAAUGUGGUAAAUGUUUUAGGCAGAAUUCGCCUUUUGUUGUACAUCAGAGAAUACACACAGGGGAGAAGCCAUAUUCAUGUUCAGAAUGUGGUAAAUGUUUUAACAAUAAAUCAGCUCUUCGUAGCCAUAAGAUAAUUCACACAGGAGAGAAGCCAUAUUCAUGUUCAGAAUGUGGGAAAUGUUUUAAGCAGAAAUCACAUCUUGUUGCACAUCAGAGAUAUCACACAGGAGAGAAGCCAUUUUCAUGUUCAGAAUGUGGUAAAAGUUAUCACCAAAAAUCGCAUCUUGUUACACAUCAGAGAAUUCACACAGGAGAGCAGCCAUUUUCAUUUUCAUGUUCAGAAUGUGGAAAAUGUUUUAGAUUUAAAUCAGAAUUAGUGAUACAUCAGAGAAUUCACACAGGGGAGAAGCCAUUUUCAUGCUCAGAAUGUGGAAAAUGUUUUAAGAAGAAAUCAGCUCUUGUUAUACAUCAGAGAGUUCAUACAGGGGAGAAGCCAUUUUCAUGCUCAGAAUGUGGGAAAUGUUUUAAGGAUAAAUCAGGUCUUGUUACACAUCAGAGAAUUCACACCGGGGAGAAGCCAUUUUCAUGUUCAGAAUGUGGGAAAUGUUUUAACAGUAAAUCAGAUAUUGUUAUACAUCAGAGAAGUCACACAGGAGAGAAGCCAUAUCCAUGUUCAGAAUGUGGAAAAUGUUUUAAGAAGAAAUCAGCUCUUGUUAUACAUCAGAGAGUUCAUACAGGGGAGAAGCCAUUUUCAUGUUCAGAAUGUGGGAAAUGUUUUAAGGAUAAAUCAGGUCUUGUUACACAUCAGAGAAUUCACACCGGGGAGAAGCCAUUUUCAUGUUCAGAAUGUGGGAAAUGUUUUAAGGAUAAAUCAGGUCUUGUUACACAUCAGAGAAUUCACACCGAGGAGAAGCCAUUUUCAUGUUCAGAAUGUGGGAAAUGUUUUAAGUAUAAACAAGGUCUUGUUACACAUCAGAGAAUUCGCACAGGAGAGAGUCCAUAUCCAUGUUCAGAAUGUGGUCAAUUUUUUAACAGUAAAUCACAUAUUGUUAUACAUCAGAGAACUCACACAGGAGAGAAGCCAUUUUCAUGCUCAGAAUGUAGUAAAUGUUUUAAGCAUAAAUCAAAUCUUGUUGUACAUCAGAGAGUUCACACAGGGGAGAAACCAUUUUCAUGUUCAGAAUGUGGGAAAUGUUUUAAGCAGCAAUCAGCUCUUAUUACACAUCAGAGAAAUCACACAGGGGAGAAGCCAUUUUCAUGCUCAGAAUGUGGGAAAUGUUUUAAGCAUAAAUCAAAUCUUGUUUCACAUCAAACACCUCACGUAAGAGGGAAGACAUUUUCAUGUUCAGAAUGUGGAAAAUGUUUUAGAUUUAAAUCUAAGAUUGUUACACAUCAGAGAAGUCACACAGGAGAGAAGCCAUUUUCAUGCUCAGAAUGUGGGAAAUGUUUCAACAGGAAAUCAAAUCUCGUUACACACCAGAGAAGUCACACAGGAGAGAGGCCAUUUUCAUGCUCAGAAUGUGGGAAAUGUUUUAAGCAUAAAUCAGCUCUUGUUACACAUCAGAGAAUUCACACAGGGGAGAAGCCAUUUUCAUGUUCAGAAUGUGGUGAAUGUUUUAAGCAGGAAUCACAUCUUGUUGUACAUCAGAGAAUUCACACAGGAGAGAAGCCAUUUUCAUGCUCAGAAUGUGGGAAAUGUUUUUAUCAGAAAUGGUCUCUUGUUGUACAUCAGAGAAUUCACACAGGGGAGAAGCCAUUUUCAUGUUCCGAAUGUGGUAAAUGUUUUAACCAGAAAUCAGCUCUUGUUACACAUCAAACAGCUCACAUAAAAGAGAAGCCAUUUUCAUGUUCAGAAUGUGGAAAAUGUUUUAGAUGUAAAUCAGCUCUUGUUAUUCACCAGAGAAUUCACACAGGGGAGAAGCCAUAUUCAUGUUCAGAAUGUGGGAAAUGUUUUAAGCGGAAAUCAGCUAUUGUUAUUCACCAGAGAAUUCACACAGGAGAGAAGCCAUAUUCAUGUUCAGAAUGUGGGAAAUGUUUUAGCCAAAAAUCUGAACUUGUCACACAUCAGAGAAUUCACACUGGGGAGAAGCCAUUUUCAUGUUCAGAAUGUGGGGAAUGUUUUAAGCAGAAAUCGGCUCUUGUUGUACAUCAGAGAAAUCACACAGGGGAGAAGCCAUUUUCAUGUUCAGAAUGUGGGGAAUGCUUUAAGCAGAUAUCGGCUCUUGUUGUACAUCAGAGAAAUCACACAGGGGAGAAGCCAUCAUAUUCAUGUUCAGAAUGUGUGAAAUGUUUUAAGAGGAAAUCAGCUCUUGUUAUUCAUCAGAGAAUUCACACAGGAGAGAAGCCAUAUUCAUGUUCAGAAUGUGGGAAAUGUUUUAGCGUAAAAUCUGAACUGGUCAGAGAUCAGAGAAUUCACACAGGGGAGAAGCCAUUUUCAUGUUCAGAAUGUGGGAAAUGUUUUAAGAUGAAAUCAGAACUUGGUAUUCAUCAGAGAAUUCACACAGGGGAGAAGCCAUAUUCAUGUUCAGAAUGUGGGAAAUGUUUUAAGAUGAAAUCAGCUCUUGUUAUUCACCAGAGAAUUCACACAGGAGAGAAGCCAUAUUCAUGUUCAGAAUGUGGGAAAUGUUUUAGCGUAAAAUCUGAACUGGUCAGACAUCAGAGAAUUCACACAGGGGAGAAGCCAUUUUCAUGUUCAGAAUGUGGGAAAUGUUUUAAGAUGAAAUCAGAACUUGGUAUUCAUCAGAGAAUUCACACAGGGGAGAAGCCAUAUUCAUGUUCAGAAUGUGAUAUGCGUUUCAACCAUAAAUCAUCUCUUGUUAACCAUCAAAAAACUCACGUAAAAGAGAAGCCAUUUUCAUGUUCAGAAUGUGGAAAAUGUUUCAACCGUAAACCAGAUCUUGUUAUACAUCAGAGAAAUCACACAGGAGAGAGGCCAUUUUCAUGUUCAGAAUGUGGGAAAUGUUUCAACCGUAAACCAGAUCUUGUUAUACAUCAGAGAAAUCACACAGGAGAGAGGCCAUUUUCAUGUUCAGAAUGUGGGAAAUGUUUCAACCGUAAACCAGAUCUUGUUAUACAUCAGAGAAUUCACACAGGAGAGAAGCCAUUUUCAUGUUCAGAAUGUGGAAAAUGUUUUAAGAGUAAACCAGAAUUUGUUAUACAUCAGAGAAUUCACACAGGGGAGAAGCCAUUUUCAUGUUCAGAAUGUGGGAAAUGUUUUUACCUGAAAUCAUUUCUUGUUACACAUCAGAGAAAUCACACAGGAGAGAGGCCAUUUUCAUGUUCAGAAUGUGGGAAAUGUUUUAACAGUAAAUCAACUCUUGAUAGACAUCAGAGAAUUCACACAGGGGAGAAGCCAUUUUCAUGUUCAGAAUGUGGGAAAUGUUUUUACCAGAAAUCAUUUCUUGUUACACAUCAGAGAAAUCACACAGGAGAGAGGCCAUUUUCAUGUUCAGAAUGUGGGAAAUGUUUUAACAGUAAAUCAACUCUUGAUAGACAUCAGAGAAUUCACACAGGGGAGAAGCCAUUUUCAUGUUCAGAAUGUGGGAAAUGUUUUAACAAUAAAUCAGAUCUUGUUAUACAUCAGAGAAUUCACACAGGGGAGAAGCCAUUUUCAUGUUCAGAAUGUGGGAAAUGUUUUAAAAGUAAUUCAAGUCUUGUUCUACAUCAGAGAAAUCACACAGGAGAGAGGCCAUUUUCAUGUUCAGAAUGUGGGAAAUGUUUUAACAAUAAAUCAGAUCUUGUUAUACAUCAGAGAAUUCACACAGGGGAGAAGCCAUUUUCAUGUUCAGAAUGUGGGAAAUGUUUUAAAAGUAAUUCAAGUCUUGUUCUACAUCAGAGAAAUCACACAGGAGAGAGGCCAUUUUCAUGUUCAGAAUGUGGGAAAUGUUUUAACAGUAAAUCAACUCUUAAAAGACAUCAGAGAAUUCACACAGGGGAGAAGCCAUUUUCAUGUUCAGAGUGUGAUAUGUGUUUCAACCAUAAAGCAUCUCUUGUUAAUCAUCAAAAUACCCACGUAUAAGAGAAGCCAUCGUCAUGCUUAGCCUGUUAGUGACCUCCCUUAUGUGUUUUAUAGUGGUCACUAACUGGCUUUAUUCCUUCAGAUACUCCUUUUUACAGAGAGAUAAAACAACGCCUUGCUUUCAGUUACCAGUGGUAGCUGAGGGUUUGGAGCGAUGAUUGGGACUAGAGUUGAGCGGACACCUGGAUGUUCGGGUUCGACGAGUUCGGCCGAACUUCACAAAAAAGUUCGAGUUCGGGACCCGAACUUGACCCCUA